UAACAAUUACUCACACCCUCCUUUUCCUUUUGGCCUGUUCCCAUUUCAGAGAGAGAUAGAGAGGGAGAGUGCACCAAUUUUGGCAUGAACUCGGGGGAUUUGGAGACAUUCAGGUGUUGUGAAAUCUGAAUCUGAAAUCACAAUCUGAUCCUCUUUUCGGCCUUUGAUUGAUUGAUAGUAUAAAAUGGCGACGCCAUUGCCGGGGAUUCAGCGCAGGGAAGACUGUGUGGCGGCAAUGGCAGGUCCAGUGAACCGGCUCGACCAGUCAGGCCAGUCCAGCAAGGCCUGCGUCAGCAGCUCCGCCUUUAGGUCGCCUAUUUUGAUUUUCUUGUUCUUCCACAAGGCCAUACGGUCGGAGCUCGACGGCCUCCACCGCACCGCCGUGGCCUUCGCCACCGAUCGGUUGAGUGACCUGAAGCCUCUGCUGGAGCGGUGCCUCUUCCUUCGGUCGAUCUAUAAGCAGCACUGCAAUGCGGAGGACGAGGUCAUCUUCCCAGCUCUUGAUAGGCGAGUAAAAAAUGUGGCACGUACUUACUCCCUUGAGCAUGAGGGAGAAGGUGUUCUUUUUGACCAGUUAUUUACAUUGCUGAAUUCAAGCAUGCAAAUUGAAGAAAACCAUAGAAGAGAGUUAGCCUCUUGCACUGGGGCUCUUCUGACAUCUAUUAGCCAGCACAUGUCAAAGGAAGAAGAACAGGUUUUCCCCUUGCUUAUUGAGAAAUUCUCAUUUGAAGAGCAGGCGUCAUUAGUAUGGCAGUUCUUGUGUAGCAUUCCUGUACGUAUGAUGGCAGAGUUCCUGCCAUGGCUUUCUUCUUCUAUUUCCUCUGAUGAGUGCCAAGAUAUGCGCAAAUGCUUGAGCAAAAUAAUACCAGAAGAGAAGCUUCUUCAACAAGUUAUAUUUACCUGGAUGGAUGGAGUAAAAACCAAUGGCAAACGUAAAAAUUGUGAAGAUGAUUCUAGUCACCAAAAUUCUCUAGAUUGCGAAGCUCUCUUCUUUACUAGUCCAACCAAGAGAGCCAGUUGUACCUGUGAAUCUUCCAGGACUUGUAGGAGAAAAUAUUUGGAGCUAAACUACAAACUUGAGGAGUCUACUCUGGUCCAUCCAGUAGAUGAAAUAUUGCAUUGGCAUAAGGCUAUAAAAACAGAAUUGAUUGAUAUAGCUGAAGCAGCAAGGAGGAUACAGUUGUCAGGAGAUUUUUCUGAUUUAUCUGCAUUCAAUGAGAGGCUGCACUUCAUCGCAGAAGUUUGUAUCUUUCACAGUGUUGCUGAGGACAAAGUUAUAUUCCCUGCUUUAGAUGCAGAACUCUGUUUUGCCCAGGAGCAUGCAGAAGAAGAAAUUCAGUUUGACAACAUUAGAUGCUUGAUAGAAAGUAUCGAGAGUGAUGGAGCCAACUUGUCUUCUGCUGAGUUCUAUAUCAAGCUCUGCUCGCAUGCUGAUCAGAUAAUGGACACCAUACAGAAACAUUUCCAGAAUGAGGAAGCUCAGGUUCUUCCAGUUGCGCGAAAGCAUUUUAGCCCCAAACGCCAGCGGGAACUUCUUUACCAAAGUUUGUGUGUGAUGCCUUUGAGGCUGAUAGAGUGUGUCCUGCCCUGGUUAGUUGGAUCACUUAGUGAAGAAGAAGCAAGGUCUUUCCUCCACAAUAUGCAUUUGGCAGCUCCAGCAUCAGACACUGCACUGGUUACACUUUUCUCUGGUUGGGCAUGCAAAGGCCACACAAGGGAUGUUUGUUUAUCUUCCAGUGCAACAGGCAAUUGUCCUGCAAAAGCAGUUAUUGAAACCAGAAAAUAUGUUAAUAAACCAUCUUGCCCUUGCUCCUCUUCGUUUUACACCAAGGAAAAUGUUACUUUUAUUCGGCCUGAUGAUCACAGGGAACCAGUCAAGCAUGAAGACUCAAUGUCAUGGGAAAAAUGUGGGGCUUAUAAUCCUUCUGGAACUGCAGAGAGUGAGAAACUAUCUUGUCAUAAUGAGUCCUGUUGUGUUCCUGGAUUAGGAGUGAAUACCAAUAGUCGGGGGAUGAGUUCUCUGGCUGCAGCAAAAUCUUUGCGUUCUUUAUCAUUCAGUCCUCUGGCACCUUCUCUUAACUCCAGUCUUUUCAACUGGGAAACAGGUAUAAGCCUGGCCCAUGGUGGCUAUGCAACAACAAGACCCAUUGAUAACAUAUUUAAAUUUCACAAAGCUAUCCGCAAAGAUUUGGAGUUUCUAGAUGUUGAAUCUGGAAAACUUAGUGAUUGUGAUGAAGCUUUCCUCAGGCAGUUCAAUGGAAGAUUUUGCUUAUUGUGGGGCUUAUACAAAGCUCAUAGUAAUGCAGAGGAUGACAUAGUGUUCCCAGCAUUAGAAUCAAAAGAAACCCUUCACAAUGUUAGCCACUCCUAUACCUUAGACCAUAAGCAAGAAGAAAAACUAUUUGAGGAUAUUGCAUCUGCACUUUCUGACCUUGCUCAACUUAGUGUGCAUGUGACUGGGGGUACAAGUGGAAAAAGCUUUAGUUUUUAUGAUGGUAACGAAAGUUUGAGAAAAUACAUUGCGCUUGCCACGAAGAUUCAAGGAAUGUGCAAAUCCAUUCGAGUCACACUGGAUCAGCAUAUUUUCCGAGAAGAACAUGAGCUCUGGCCUUUAUUUGGUAGGCAUUUUUCUGUUGAGGAGCAGGAGAAAAUUGUUGGUUGUAUAAUUGGUACUACUGGUGCGGAAGUUUUGCAAUCAAUGUUACCCUGGGUUACAUCUGCUCUCACACAGGAUGAGCAGAAUAAAAUGAUGGAAACAUGGAAGCAAGCUACCAAAAACACAAUGUUCACUGAGUGGCUCAAUGAAUGGUGGGAAGGAACUUCACCUUCAUCUUCACAGGCUGCAACAUCAGAUAAUCGCAUGUCACAAGGCACUGAUGUCCAUGAUGCCCUUGACCAAAGUGAUAAUACUUUCAAGCCUGGCUGGAAUGACAUUUUCCGGAUGAAUCAAAAUGAGCUUGAAUCAGAGAUACGAAAGGUUUCUCAGGAUUCAACUCUUGAUCCAAGAAGAAAAGCAUAUCUAAUUCAAAAUCUUAUGACCAGUCGCUGGAUAGCUGCUCAGCAAAAGUUACCUCAAGCAACAAUAGAAGAAAAUUCAAAUAAUAAAGAUCUUAUUGGAUUCUCUCCAUCUUUCAACAAUCCAGGAAAACAUAUUUUUGGGUGUGAACACUACAAAAGAAACUGCAAACUUCUUGCUGCUUGCUGUGGCAAAUUAUUUACUUGUAGGUUCUGCCAUGACAAAGUCAGUGACCAUACAAUGGACAGAAAGGCUACAUCUGAAAUGAUGUGCAUGCAAUGCCUGAAAAUUCAGUCUGUCGGACCAAAUUGCACAACGCCUUCUUGCAAUGGUCUCUCAAUGGCGAAAUACUAUUGCAAUAUUUGCAAAUUUUUUGACAAUGAAAGGACAAUUUACCAUUGCCCUUUUUGUAAUUUAUGCCGUCUUGGAAAUGGGCUUGGCAUUGACUUCUUUCAUUGUAUGACCUGCAAUUGUUGCCUAGCCAUGAAGUUAGCAGACCAUAAGUGCAGGGAGAAAGGUCUGGAAACAAACUGUCCCAUAUGCUGUGAUUUUCUGUUUACAUCCAGUGAAUCUGUCAGAGCUCUUCCUUGUGGUCAUUUUAUGCACUCAGCUUGCUUUCAGGCAUACACUUGCACUCACUACAUAUGUCCAAUUUGUAGCAAAUCUUUGGGAGACAUGUCGGUGUACUUUGGCAUGCUUGAUGCCUUAUUGGCUUCUGAGGAGCUCCCUGAAGAAUACAGGGAUCGGUGUCAGGAUAUAUUGUGCAAUGACUGUGGUAAGAAGGGAACGUCACGGUUUCAUUGGCUAUACCAUAAAUGUGGGUAUUGCAGAUCAUAUAAUACCAGAGUAAUCAAGAUUGACUCGAGUUCCAAUUGUUUGACAUCGAGUUAGCUCAAGAACAGUUUACUUGGUAUGGCUCAGGUGUGUAAAUGCCAUGUGCCUCUACCAACUAUGCUUUUUUGGGAGAAUAUAAUCCAACAAAACUAUUAGUUGGUCUCCCCGUCUGGUACGGAUCUGUUUGAGCAUUAUAUAGGGAUAAUGAUUACCAGUAUAUUGUGCACCUAGUCUUGAACUUAGAAGAAAUAUCGGCAGUUUUAGAAAAAUGUUGCGCCGUUCAACUCUUACCCCUUGAAUACAACGAUACAAAUUAAUUUUAGGGCAAAUGAGUAUGUUUUGAGUACCAAUUAGUCGUAGACGUUAUGAUGAUGUGGAUUAAAUUUCAAUCGUAACAUUUUGCGCUCGGUUCCUUUGCAGUUCGGUGUUUUAACUAAUGGUUUCUUUCUUUGUUGCGAAUUGCAAGGCUUCAGUUCAGAGGCAAAAUGUUGAGAUCAUAUUUUAGUUGUUUAAUGAUAAGUGUCAUAAUUAUGUAUGUAUGUAACGGCUACUUAUGUUAUUUUUGCUACUUAAUAUUUAUUCUACAAUUCAAGAGUAUGUAUGCUAGGUGUUAUUUAUUCUGUAGAGAACAUAUGAAAGAUAAAAUCGAUUGCUUAAUAUUGCAGAGGUGUUAUGGUGUAUGUUAUUUGUAGAUGACAUAGUGUUGGUGGAUGAAAUAAAAGAGAAGUGAACACUAAUUUUGAGUUGUGGAGAAACAAUUUAGAAUUUAAGAGAUUUAAAUUAAGUAGAAGAAAACAGAAUAUAUAGAAUGUAAAUUUAAUAAGAAUACAAGAGUGAAUGAUGUUAUAAUAAAAUUGGAAGAUCAAAUCAUAUAAAAAAAAUUAUUUUCGAUAUUUGGGAUCAAUGAUUCAAAAAAAUGAAAAAAUUCACAAGGAUGUCACGCAUAGAAUUAAGGCAUGUUGAUUAAAAUGGAGAAAUGCAUUGGGAGUAUUAUAUAAUAGUAAAAUCUCAUUAAAAUUGAAAGAAAAAUUCUAUAGGAUAGUUAUAAAAUCAGUUUUGUUGUAUGUUUCAGAAUGUUAAGCAGUCAAAUACUAGCAUGAGCAAAAAAUGAGCAUAGCGGAGAUGAGGAUAUUAAGAUGAAUAUGCGGUCAUACAAAAAAAGAUAAAAUUAAAAAUGAUGUUAUUCAUAAUAAGAUAUGAGUAGUGUCAAUCGAGGAGAAAAUGAAAGAAAUUAGAGUAAGAUAGUUUAGUCAUGUGAGAAAAGUUCAAGAGACACUCAUGUGAUGAGAGUUGAUGAAAUGAAACAAUUAGUAAAAAAAAAAAAAAAGUAAA